AUGGAAGAAGAAGUGCCUUCCUUUCAUCAGGUCAUCAAUGAGUUGAUCUCCUCCACUUAUUUCAUUGCCACUUUACCUUUCAAGUGGCAAGCUAUCAGAGACAAGCUUGAGAAGCUCAACUGGAUCCUGAAGUCUGCUCCUUAUAGUGGUGAAUUUGUCAAGGAUUCUUUGCUGCCAAAGCUGUUAAGAGAUAUGUCUACUGCUUUGACUGAGAUCAGAUUGCUUGCUGAUCAUUGUGGUGAUGGUUCUUAUAAUGGAGGGAAGCUUCUGAUGAAGAGUGAUAUUGAUAAAGCAUCAUCAAGGCUGGAUAUCCUCAUUAAAAAUUUUACUGAAUUUUAUGGUUCAGGAUUUCCAAUGGACUCCAAUGCAAUCCUAGUAGCAAAGCCUGCAAAUGGAGCCAGCAGAGACGACAUGAAAUUCUACAUGGAGGAGCUCUUCUUGAGGCUAAGAAUCGGAGAUUUGGAGAUGAAAGCAUCAGCAUUGGAAGCUAUAAAUAAGAUCCUCAUUGAUGAUGAAAAGUAUAUAAUGAUUUUGGUGAUGGAGGUUGACAAUGGCAUUCAGGUGCUGGUAAGCUUGCUUGAAUUAAGUGAUGUGAGUUUGCAAGAAGAGGCAUUGGCAGCAAUCUUGAUCAUAGCAGGAUUCAAUUCUUAUAAAGGGGCACUCGUCACUGCAGGAGUUGUCGGUCCAUUGGUUCGGAUUUUGGAGGCUGGAAGCAAAUUGGGAAAGGUUAGAUCAGGAUGGACUUUGAAGAAUCUGACAGAGAAUUCAGAUAAUGUGUGGUCAGUAUCGGCUAAUGGAGGCGUCACAGCUCUGAUCAACUUAAUAGAAGAUGUUGAGAGCUGUACUGAGUUGAUUUAUCCCAUCUGUGAAGUGCUGCAGAAUCUUUGCAAUGUCAUAGAGAUCAAGAGGUUCAUGGUUGAAGAAGGUGUGAUUUCUGUUUUCUUGGAAUUGUUGGAUUCAAAAGAAGAGGCAAUUCGUAUUCGAGCUAUUGAAUUUCUCACUGCCAUUGCCUCCAAUGAUCAUGGAAUUAAAGAAGAAAUUGUCAGAGGAGGAGGAGCAACUUAUAAACUCCUGAAGUUUUUGAAUCCCAGUACUUCUCAUUCAAUGAAGGAAAGGGAAGUUUCCCUCAGGGCUAUGGAGCAGUGCUGCUUCUCAUCAACAAAUUCAAUAAAUGUUUUGAUCGGUACUAGACUAAUUAGUUGGGUUAUGUUCUUCUUAAAUAAAGGGGAUAUAUCAAUACAGGAAGUGGCUCUUCAGGCCAUGCUGAGUCUCUGUGAGGCAUCAGAAGAAGCUAAGAAGGCAAUGGGUGAAUCUGGAUUUAUGUCAGUUAUUGUUAAAUUACUUGAUGCUAAAUCAUCCAAGGCCUGUGAAUUGGCAGCUGAAUUGCUUGUAAAGUUAGUAUCAGUACAGAAAAAUCGGAGAAGGUUUAUCAACGAAGAACAAAAUGUGAACAGAAUUCUAGAGUUGCUCAACCCUGGGGAGGAUGCAAAAGAAGCAAAGAAAUAUUUGCUUCCAUUGCUAUCAUCUUUGAGCACCAGCAACAGUGGUAGACGGAAGAUCGCUGCUUCAGGUUAUGCCAAGAACUUGGAAAGGCUAGCACAGAUUGAUGUAAUAGAUGCAAAGAAGAUAGUUAAGAAGAUAACUUGCAGCAGACUCAGAAGUUUGAUGAAAGGAAUCUGGAGUUUUUGA